AUGGCGUCUUCCUCGCUGGCCGGCGUGACGGUCAUCACCCAGGUUUACCCUGCAGCCCCGGGGGCUCAGGGGGGCCCGCCGCUGGGCCCCCAGGGCGCCACACAGAGACGGUUGCUGGCACUAGGGACGGUGCAGAUCAUGAUCGGCCUGCUGGUCUUCCUCUUCGGGAUCGGGAUGGCGAUCCUCAUAAGCACGAUCGCCGUGUACAGCUUCAUCUUCGUGUGGGGAGCCGUGUUUUACAUCCUGGCAGGCUCUCUGACGGUGGCUGCCACCAGGUCCAUGGACCGCUGCAAGGUGAACGCGGCCCUGACCCUCAGCAUCAUCGCUACCCUGCCCUCUGGUGUCGCCAUCAUCCUCCACUUUAUUGACGCCAGUGGGCUCGGCAUCAUCCCUUGCUAUGGACCCUAUGGCUGUUAUGAGUGGCAGAUUCUGUCAAAGGCCAUGUCAGGCGUCUUGGGUGUUUUCUCCCUGCUGGAGUUCAUCGUGGCCAUCACUGUCGCCGUGGAAAUCUGUAAAGCUAAAAGCCACUCCAACACCCAGUCGGCGUUCAUUGUGAGCAACAACUUACCUUCAGGCCUCCCAGGAAACAUGCAGGCUCCGCCCACUUCAGCCGUCAUCUACCAGACGAUGGGGCUUCCUAAAGAACCAGAGAACCAAGGAGCUGCCUAUCUGGGCGAACCUCCAGCAUACACCACCACUGUCGGCUGA